GCUUGAAGCCAACACCAACGUUGGUGGCACAUGCGGGGCACGAAGGUGAUCAGCGGCACGGCCAUUUCGGCCAAGAUCAGACAAGAGAUCAAGUCCAAUAUUGACUCGGUCAUCGCGCGCACCCAAACCACACAGCGCCCUGGGCUGGGUAUGAUCAUGGUUGGCGAUCGGCAAGAUUCCCGGUUGUACGUUGAAGCGAAGGGUCGUGCGUGUUCAGAAGUGGGCAUCCGCGCCGAGAACCGGUUUUUUGCCCAGUCGACCUCACAAGACGAGAUCCUUAAGCAAGUGCACGCCUUCAACGCAGAUCCCACAAUCGAUGGUAUCCUCAUUCAGAUGCCGCUGCCAAACUCCAUUGACGAAAAAGCCAUCAUCGAUGCAGUCUUGCCUACGAAAGACGUGGAUGGCCUGCAUCCGUUCAACGUUGGCGAGCUUGCUAUGCGACGGCGGUCGCCUUUCUUUACCGCGUGUACGCCGGAGGGAAUCGUGGAGAUGCUGGACCAGGAAGAGGUCCCGAUUGCAGGCAAGGUGGCCGUGGUGCUAGGCCGCAGCGAUCUUGUGGGCAAUCCUGUGGGCAUGUUGCUGCGAAAACGGCACGCUACUGUCAUUUCAUGCCAUUCCAGGACCAACCAGAUCGAAACCCUCAUCAGACAAGCUGAUAUUGUCGUAAGUGCCUGCGGCGUCCCCCACUUCGUUCGCGGCGAGUGGCUCAAACCCGGCUGCGUCGUCAUUGACGUGGGCAUCAACUUCGUCGGCAAUAACAUGGUGGGUGACGUUUGCUUCGACGAAGCUCUCGGAAUUGCGUCGGCAAUCACUCCCGUGCCUGGAGGCGUCGGACCCAUGACAAUUGCCAUGCUCAUGCGCAACGUGUACACGUCGUUUACGCGGCGCGUCGCGGGUACAAGCGGGAAUUCCACCAAGUAACAUAAAGUCAUCGUCUUAUCUUCAAAAGAUCUCCUUGUUGUCGU